AUGGAUCCUCCUCUUCCCGUCGUGUCAGACGAUGGGAACCUGCGAUGGUCGGAUAGCCGCAGCAUCAAUUCAGACGACGUUCAGUCUGUCGGCCUGCCAUCGCCGUGGUUAGGCUCCUUCACCGAGGACUCCACCUCGGUUUUGGGCUCCUCGUCGACCAUGGAGUAUGCCCAUACAGGCCAGCUCUCGCCCAUCAGCAACGGCGUGGACAUGUGCGCACCCGUUCGCCGCGCCACCAGUCUCGCCUCUCCGUCCCAGUCACCCCCGGCGACGGCCGAUUCCCAAUCGCCCUCCACGCUAUCAUUAGUUCAGUCUGCGACUCGCGCCCUUCACCUCCCCGUCUCAGAACGCGCCCCACCGCAGUCUCACGCCGCCGUGAGCGAUGGCGACCAUCGGCAGAAUUGGAGGUGCGGUGCGAACGAGGGCUUGACGGCCCCCAAGUCGGAGCCCCUGGAUGACGAUGGCUUUUGCCUAGACGAUCUCAAGGAACCUCCUUCGCCCCUUGCCGCGGGCCCUCUGUCUGACCGUCAGCAAGGACAGGCCGGGCAGGUGAUCCAGAGACGGCCGAGAGGACGACCGCGGAAGCACCCGCUGAUGCCGAACCUUAGCACAAACAAAAUCACCAAGGGCCGCUCCAAGACUGGAUGUCUGACGUGCCGGAAGCGCAAAAAGAAGUGUGACGAGGCAAGACCGCGAUGCAUGAACUGCGAGAAGAAUGCCGUCGUUUGCGAGGGGUACCCGGAGAAGCAGAUCUGGAAGAGCGGCAAAGAAAGGGCCGAGGAGGAACGCCUCAAGUCCGACAACUUGCCCUCUAUCACCAUGUACCCCCUUUUCCCUGGCCUGGAGACUGUCGAGGACAGGGUAUUUUGGAAGCAUUACAAUGAGCAUCUCAGCUCCGUGCUCACCGUAGAAAGCGAGCACAAGAACGCUUUCAAGGACCUGAUGAUCCCCAUCGCAAUCAAACAUCAGGGCCUUAUGCACUCCAUCUUGUCGCUGGCCAGCAAACACAUCGACUUCGAGACGCCUUACGGCAUCAACAUACUGAGGAAGAAUCCCAACACGACUCUGGAAGCGCUGAGGGAGCGCUCGCUGUAUCACCACGACCAAGCGCGGCUUAAGUUCUACCAUGACAUUGAGUUCGUCAACGGAAAGUCCAACACGGACGACAGAACCCUUGUUCCGGCCCGGUACGGCCAAAUGCUGUGCUUCCUUCUCGAAGCCCUGGUUGAGGGCAGUCCGCGGGGCGAGCACAGGUUGCAUCUGACAGUAUACCGCAACCUCAAUUUCACUUCGCCGUCCAACGAUUCCGCCUUCAUGUCCUUCAUCGCCGAGGUGUUCCAGUACUACAUCUUCGCUGACGAACUGAUAUACUCCGCCACCCACCGGGAUGCUUACUCGUCGCUCAAGCCGCUCCCACCCCUGCCGCCGAUUCACAAUCCCAGGUUGCUAGGGGUCUCCGAUGGCCUGCUCAGCUAUCUACCCCAAAUCACAUCUAUGCGUAACAUCAUUCGUGAAAACAUGCUGGCACAAAUCGACCCCGCCGUCAGUUAUCCAGUUAUUUACCCAGCCGAAGAUAUCGAUGCUGCCUUACGGGGCUGGUCCUCGCAUUGGCCACCGGGAGACAGCCGCAACCGCGUCACCCAACUGUACAGGCAGAUGAUGUGGAUCUACCUUCAUCGGACUGUCUAUCCGCCCUCAUUCUCCGCGCCGGCGCCCAUGACCUCGUCUGUCGCGUCCGUGCCUCUAAUCCACAGCUCCCCUUCCCACGCCCGGCCCACCGCGUCCUCCGUGGUUAACACACCGCCGCACUCCGCGUCAGCAAGCCGCGCCUCCUCCCCGAAGCUGUCCGCGUCCCAGAACAGCCGACCGCUUUCGCGCACAGGCUUCUCCUCAUAUCGCCCACACGACGACUGCACCCCGGGUCCUUCUGACGCCGGCGGGGAAGCCGGCGUUGCCGCUGCGGGCACGGGUAACAACCGGGCGGAUUCCCCCGCGCCGCUCCAUCAGCCCUCCAAUCUCGACUCGUGGCUCAUCUCGGCCGUCGACGAGUCGCUGGCGCUGCUCGAGUCGUUCAAGCCCGGCGACCCCUGCCAGACGCUCCUCCUGUUGCCGUGCUUCCUGGUCGGGACUGCCUGCUUUAGCCGAGCCCAGCAGGCGCGCCUGCGCGCCGCCGUCCGGACCGUUAGGGGUUACACGGGCUUGCGCAACGCGGACCGCGUCGCCGAGGUGCUGGAGGAGGUAUGGCGGCUCAUGGAGGCUGGGGAUUGGGUGGCGGCUUGGGACUGGCCCGGGGUUGCUGGGAGGUUAGGCUUGGAUUUCAUUCCUGCCUGA